AUGACCUCGAAUUCCCCCGUCACCAAAGCCACAAUUCUCAUCUCUGGAAAUGGCUCAAAUCUCCAAGCCUUGAUAGAUUCCACUUCAAAUCUCUUGCCAAACCUCAAGAUCGUCCGCGUCAUAUCCAACAAAGCAGCAGCAUACGGUCUAAAACGCGCUGCCGCAGCAUCAAUCCCAACAACCUACCACAACCUGAUCGCCGGCAAAUACUACAAGUCCGGCGAGCCUGACGCAGCCGUCAAGCAGCAAGGCCGAGAAAAAUACGACGAGGACCUAGCAAAUCUGAUACUGGCCGACAAACCCGAUCUCGUGAUCUGCGCUGGCUGGAUGCACAUCCUCACGCCCAGAUUCCUCGACCCAUUAGAAGAAGCACGUAUCCCCGUGAUCAACCUCCAUCCCGCGCUGCCGGGGAAAUACGACGGAGCGGCGGCUAUCGAGCGCGCGUUUGCGGAUUUCGAGGCCGGCAAGUUGGAGGAUGAUACCACGGGCAUUAUGAUACAUUAUGUGAUUAGUGCGGUGGAUCGGGGAGAGCCGAUUGUGGUGAGGAAUAUUGAGUGUCGGAAGGGCGAGAGUCUGGGGGAGCUGCAGGAGAGGAUUCAUGGCGAGGAACAUACGCUUAUUAUUGAGGGGACGCAGAUGGCUAUCUCGAGGCUCUGGAGUGAGAGGGGGAAGAGUACGUGA